AUGGCCGCUCGCUUUGGACACUUCGAAAUCAUAAAGUUCCUGAUUGAACAGGGCUUAGAUGUGAAUAUAACCGAACGAAAAUGUGGCUCUAGCAUAUUGCACCACGCUGCUGCUAGUCCAAACUAUAAAUUAGUGAAAUUUUUGCUGGAUAAUAACGCGAAAAUUGACGCCAAGAAGCGUAAUGGUGAAACUCCAAUCUUGUGUGCUAUCUCCAACACAAGAAUCAACAUUGUCAAGUUAUUAAUUGCGAGAGGAGCUGAUAUUAACACCGGUCAGGGCUCUAUUAAAAGAUCGAUAAUUCUUCAUUAUAAAUUGUCAAGCUUCGAUACCUGCGCUAAAAGUUGUAGCAUUAUUCUUAAUGUUAGCUUUGACGUUAAAGUUCAAGAUUCUGACAGUCAAUUUGAUUGUGAGAGUAUCAUUGAAUCGCUCAUUGUCACGUUAACAUCAGCCGGUUUAACAGUUUGUGAGGGAAAUCGACAAGCUGGUGAAAAAGGCUACUACGAUGAUUUCACAAAAACGUGUCUCGAAGAGCUUCAAAAAAUGAAAGUUAAUAAAGUCGGUGUGAGUAAUAUAACAUUUUUUAACGUUUUACAUAUGAGUUUUCAUUAUUUAGCGAUUCGAUUAAAGUUUGCGAGCUUAGAUCAAGUUAUUAAUGAAAGAAAAUUAAACAUUGCGUAUCCGACGUACGGAGUAAGACUUUUUCAGAAAUUGUCUAAGGUUCAGCGAAGAAUAAAAUACUUGGAAGAAGUCGAAGAAUUUGUUGGAGGAAUGUUAUGGGAUUUAGGACUUCCGUCGACUUUUAUAAGAGAAUUAUGGUACUAUUUUACCAAUGUACAGUUGAAGAAAAUAAUCUUUCAUAAAAACGAUGAUUUGAGUAUGCUUUUCAAAGAUUUCAUAGAAAUCUAA